AUGAAGAUUCUACAUGUGCUUCAUUUUAUCCAGAGCUGUCUUGAACUGUGUUGUCCUACUGAAGUCCUCUCAUUGAAGAAGAAAAUAGAAGCCAAGAUAAUUGCUAAAAGUGCCACGAUAUUACCACAACGUAUCCGCCAAAAGUCCUCAAUCACAUUUUCACAAACGGGCCUCCGACCUUUGACAGAAUCAAUGGCAACGUUUGGAGAGACAUGCACUGCUUACUACACUUCAGGUGUGGACUUCCUGUAUGUGGAGGAGGCUACAGAGGAACAGAAGGCCAGAGCCAGGAAGUACCUGUUGCCCGAGUCCUUCUACCUCUAUGAAAACAAACCCCCUUGUCCAGGCUGUAUUGGCUGUGAGGACUAUGACCCCAGUAAAGUCAGCGUGCCCAGCAAGGUCAAAGCCAAAUCAAAAUCUGAGGAGACAAGUCCUGCACCAACAAUAGCUUCAGUUCAAGUUUCAAGCAGUGCUGGUAACACUUCAGGUGUGGACUUCCUGUAUGUGGAGGAGGCUACAGAGGAACAGAAGGCCAGAGCCAGGAAGUACCUGUUGCCCGAGUCCUUCUACCUCUAUGAAAACAAACCCCCUUGUCCAGGCUGUAUUGGCUGUGAGGACUAUGACCCCAGUAAAGUCAGCAUGCCCAGCAAGGUCAGAGCCAAAUCAAAAUCUGAGGAGACAAGUCCUGCACCAACAAUAGCUUCAGUUCAAGUUUCAAGCAGUGCUGGUAGUGUUGCAGGCAGUACUGGUGCCAGUGAAGGGUUCUGCAUGAUCGGUCAGGCUUCAGGCAUGUCCUUUUCUACACUAGCUGCACAGGGAGAUGCAGUUGGUUAUGCUUUCAAGAAAGAUGAGAACCGACCAUUCCAGUGGUCAGGAGCAGGUCAGCUGAUCUUUGGGACUUCCCCAGGAGGCAACAGGACCAAUGUUGAUGAUGAUGAGGUUGUGCAGAGUGAUGACAUUGACUUUAAGCCCAUCAUUGACCUUCCAGAACUAGUUGAAGUCAAAACCGGGGAAGAAGGUUGGGAGGUGGUGUACUGCCAGAGAUCGAAGCUGUUCCCAUUUGUGCGGGAUUCCAACCAGUGGAAGGAGAGAGCUGUGGGAGACAUGAAGAUCCUCAAACAAGAUACUGAGUCUGGCAUCUCGGGUAUUGGCAUAUUUCAUCUAGACUAGACUCUUACAGGCCA